UUCAAGAAGGCUAGGUAGGGUAAACGCUAAGCUAGCUGUGCUAAGCUACCUUACAUAGCCAAGGGCAGCUAAAACACGGCCUACCACGGACCUGGCUAAAUCCUGGUCGACUCGUCGUAUUACCUAAUUUUAUCUUCCUUUUACUCUUUGUAACUAAACUAUUCAAUACAUUCUCGCUAGAAUAUCAAUUAUACAAAGUGUAGCGUUAACUGUUAACAUCUUGUUUAAACAAUGAACAGCUAACGUUAACAAACGCCAGGUUAAGUCUUUUAGAUUGCACCGAGGCUAACGUCGUCCAAAAUUGGCAUUCCACAACAGAACUUUGCUAGGUUUACAUUAGCUAACGUUAACAAACACCGUCUUUUACAUUUAGCGUUAAUAUCCUUCCAAUGGGAGUUGAGCUAGACAUGUUCGUAUACCACAACUGAUGAAUGAAAUCCCAUCAAUUGCAUUAUUGGUGAAAGAUAACGUUGACUGGACCAACAGACCAUUUGAAUAACGUUAUUGUGUUAGCUAAGCUUGCUGUUUUGAUUAACGAUGUCUGACGAGUUUCACUGUCAAGUAACGUACAUGUUAACAAUGUAACUACACAUUUCGAGGAGACAGUCGAGUCAAACUGCUGAGCAAACUUAAUACAAGUUAGCUAACAAAUGGUCCUUGCUUAAGUUCAUCAUUCAACGUUAUUUCGAUCAACUUAAGAUGCCGCAAUGACUUGCUAACGACUUACAUGUGACUGCUAAAACAAUGAGGCUGAGAAUGCGUAAGGCGUCUCAGCAGCCGAAUCCCAGUCUGGCAAGCCGCCCAUCCCGUACCAAACGGAGGCAUUCAGAAGUAGAGGAGGACACUCCUACUAGUGGAGGGAGGGGCUUGUUCUCGACCAUCAAGAAGUUCAUCAGAGGAAAUGCUGUUAAGGUGCAGCAGGAGAGCCCAGCCAAGAAGACACGCCUCCACUGUGAUGUGGACAACAACCUGAUCACCUCCACCACCCCGAACACCAACACCCCCUGCAAGACUAUCAGCAGGGUUGGCAAGAGGGGCUCCCUCAAUGGACAGGCAACCAAUCAUGACAGGAGUAAGGAGAAGCCCAACGGCAGUCUGGAGGAGACGACGGCCGUUGAGGUGGCCACCAGCCCUCCCAGAACCACCCUUCUUGGAACCAUCUUCUCCCCUGUUUUCAACUUCUUCUCACCGGCUAAAAAUGCCUCUUCUGGUUCAGACUCUCCAGACCAGGCACUGGAGGCUGAGGAAAUAGUCAAGCAGCUGGACAUUGAGCAGGUUGUAGAGAUGCCCACCAGCACAGCGACAUCCACACAGGAGCUGUGUGCCACCACUAACUUCUACUCUAGUGUAUCCCAGCUGCCACCUCUGCGACCUCCCCACAUCCCCGAGGUGUCUCCUACAGCAGUGGAAGGAGAGCUUGUUGCUGAUGCUGAUCUUCCACCCCUCACAGCUCCAGGCUCCAGUCCAGAUAUGGCAUAUGUGGACUCUCCUCCCACCGCAGUACCACCAGAGGCAUCCUAUGAGGAAGACUGGGAAGUCUUUGACCCGUAUUUCUUCAUCAAGCAUGUCCCUCCGCUGACAGAAGAGCAGCUUACCCGUAAGCCAGCCUUGCCACUGAAAACGCGCAGCACGCCUGAAUUCUCUCUGGUCCUAGACCUGGAUGAAACGCUGGUUCACUGCAGUUUAAAUGAGCUGGACGAUGCAGCACUUACCUUCCCUGUCCUCUUUCAAGAUGUCAUUUACCAGGUGUAUGUGCGCCUGAGGCCGUUCUUUAGAGAGUUUCUGGAACGCAUGUCUCAAAUCUAUGAGAUCAUCCUUUUUACAGCCUCUAAAAAGGUGUAUGCAGACAAACUGCUCAAUAUCUUGGAUCCUAAAAAGCAGCUAGUGAGACACAGGUUGUUUCGUGAGCAUUGUGUCUGUGUCCAGGGAAACUACAUCAAGGACCUCAACAUCUUAGGCAGAGAUCUGUCAAAGACCAUCAUCAUCGACAAUUCACCACAAGCCUUUGCAUAUCAGUUGUCCAAUGGGAUUCCCAUAGAGAGCUGGUUCAUGGACAAGAAUGACAAUGAGCUGCUGAAGCUGGUGCCCUUCCUGGAGAAGUUGGUUGAGAUGAAUGACGAUGUGCGGCCGCACGUUCGGGAGAGGUUCCGGCUUCACGACCUGUUGCCCCCUGAUUGAACUUGACCACAGUCUCUCAGAACAGGACAACAUGAAAAGACUGAAAACAACAUGCGUGUAAAAAGCCCCUCUUUGGAUUACAAACUACAACAUUGCCAUUACUGUUAAAAUUUUAGCCUUUUUUUUUUUUCUUUUCUUUUUUUUGGUUUCUUUUUGGUUUUUAAAUCCACCGUUGCUUUUAAAAAAAAACUUCAAAAGAAAAACAUUUUUUAAAGAUCUGGGCGAAAUUUUCUAAAUAUCUAAAUGUAUGGAUGAAAUUACACACACUAUGAACAAGCCCAGGUAACUCGUCUUUUUGACUGACUCUUCAGCUGUGGAGCUCUAUCUCCUCCACACUAAGUUCUGAAGUCUUGGUGCUGGUUUAGUGGAUAUGAAAAUGCCACCUGGUAAAGAGGAACUCCGCCCCGAGUCCCUGAACCCAAACCAACCCCUGGUGCUCACGCUGUUGACACUGACGAAUAUCGACACUCUGUGGCUACAAACCAUUUUCAGCAGGAAUGAGUGGCCUGUAAAUCAAUCUGUGCAUGUGUGUAUGUUUACUCCUAGCCACACACACACUCACUGAUUUGGUGUUUGGCAAACCUAAAAUCUGUAGCCUUUAAAAUCAUAUGCAUUCCUCGUAGCCGAGUCAAGUUUCUAUUGUUGGUUGCAGUUUUUUUCUGGUAAAACUGGCGUUUCAUUGUUAUAAAAAAAAAAAAGAUAGCGUUUCAAAAUGUUUUACUUCUGUUUUGUAAGAUAUGAUAUUUUAAAAGGGGUCAUGUAAGUUUUAUUGUAAGCCUUUUUCCUAUUAGGAGAACAUGGGUGCAUAUUAAUGACAGUCCACUGCUUAGUCAAAUGAAAUGGAAUUCAUCCAAGACUUUAAGUAUAUAGUUUGUUCUCGGUCUAACAAAUAGAGGUUUAAAUCAAUGUGGUGGCUUCACUGUGGACACAACAUGGCUCCUUAAUUAAAUGUUAGGAUUAAGAAUCUUCUUACCUGUAAAUCUGACAUAUUGUAAAGGUUUGAGGGCAUUCAUUUUCAAAUGUGUCAACGUUAACCUUUCUUUAAUAAUAGUAUUUGAUUUGUCAUUUGUCUAUAAUCAGUAUUGUCUUUUACUCCUAAUCAAGUAUUCUGGCUAAAUCAGAGCUUUGUUUCUUUUGGUUGUAAUGUGUAAUUUGAUGGCUAUAUCAGUAGCAUUAUGACUAAUGUAGCACAUCUCUGCCAGUGUGUCAUGAAGUCUACCUAUGGUAGAAAUCUAUGGCCAGACCCUGUACCAGCUAUAUCUGGCACCAGCAACAUACUGUUGUAACAGUCGGCUUCUCUGACUGCUCCUCUACCUGUCUUUCAUACGUUUUACUUUGUACUUAAGCUUUUGUUUUUUCUUCUUAUGUUUAGCGCAGUUUAAAGUAUUGUGUUUAAGAAUGGUAACUACAUGAAUGUGUAUCUGCCAUACUUCAGCCUGGACACUCAAGCCAAACUGACAUUUUACUCCUCUGUUGUUUUGACUUGAUUUAUUUGAUAGUGAGAAAAACAGUAGGCAGAAAUGUAGACGUUGUGUUGGCAUCCUUACAAGCCUAAACCUGGGAGGUAAAGACAGUAAGUGCAAAUGCCUGUCUUCUGUCAUCGCCCACACCCUCAAGAGUUAACUUGAAUCUCCGUGACAAUUUGGCAUGCGUUGUUGAACUUCUUUCAGUUUCUUGUUCAGUUUGAAUCAAAGUGCAUUUUAUGUUAAAGCAAAUGUGAGAGUUUGGAUUUGUCUGGGUUGCCUGUACAGUGCCAUACAUACGAUUCCUCUCAUGUUCUCCCCUUGUGGCAUUUCCUGCGCUCUCACCCCCAAAAUGCUUAGGUGGAAAGAGACAAUCAGACCUCAAAGCUCUGCAGAUACUGAAGCCUGGAGACACCCACCCGUCCCCUGUUUUUUCAGUGUGCUGUAUGUGUUGUGUACUGUGAUUCCAUUGUGUUGUACCCCCCCCCUCCACCCACGAGUAAAUUUGCCAGGUGAAUCCUGCUGUGCCCUGCCCAAACAAUCCCUGCUGCUCACUUAACGCAAGUUCUGUUCAGAGAUGGUUUCCAUCUGUUCAGCGCCUGCCUCUCUCUGCCUUUUUUUCACCAGAAGAUGGUAGCUCUCCAGAAAUUAGAAUUAGUUUGUAUUCAAGUAAAAUUGUUACAGGGCACAAUGUUUACUCAGACGUAAUGUUAUGAGUACACAUGUCCAGACUAUGAAUGUAAAUUGUACAUGGGGUGAAGUCUUGAGUGUUUUUCCGAAUUCCUUGUUGUGUUCUCUCCUCAUCAGCUCGAACAAAUAGAUGAGGAGGCAAGAACAAUGUGCAUGGAAGAGGAAACAUGCCUUGAGGUCCGACCAUGGUAGCCCCCUCCCCACCCCAUGACCUCUCCCCAUCCUGACUGCCAGCUUUUAGUAUGCAAGCCUCACCUUGAGUAUGCGAUGUAGCCCAGGUGUGCUCGUCUCCUCAGUGGGCUGUGAUUAUGUAUAGUUAUCAGUCAUGGCUUGUUUCUGAAGGAUCAGUGGGAAGCAUUUGAUACUUUUCAUCCAGCUCAUUUUUAUGUGCAUUACCAGUUUAUUGUACACUUAGUGUUGUACAAUACAUGCAGCUUCAUGUUUUAAAAAAAAUCCUUAAAGUAAGGAAAAUCUUUUGUAUUUUUGAUUUCAAAAGGCAUGUCAUAUCUACUUUUUAAAUGUAUUAAUGAAGAUUUAACUUUACUUCAGAUGGAGUGUUUUUUUUUCUUACAAAUAUCUGUAUGUUUAGUUUAGCGCAAUGUUACUGAACUGUUAAACUUAGCAUGUAGAGAAUACAGCUUGCUUUGUGGGAAAGUCCUGAAUUAAAUUUUAAUCAUGGCACUUUUUCUGCAGAAAAAAGCAAUCGUGUUAAUGAUUUUCUUUUUCAAUAUCCGUUAAGCCAUUUUACUUGCAAGAAUUGCUAUUUGUGCUGAAGAUGUAUUUAAAAAUGUUUUAAGACAUCUUUGUUAGCCGUCAGGCUAUAUUCUAUUGUAAAGUGUAUAUACAGUUAAAUUGAAUUUCUGAAACAAAGUUUUAAAGUUAAAAACC